CAGGGGUCUUUGCAUGGGCGUGACGAAGGUCUCAGCAGAGGAGCCCAUUUUUGUUGGGUGUCCUCUACUGUUACAGCUCUGGUCUUACGAGCGCUUUCCCGUCGGUAGGCCAGAGAUGAACUUCGAGGCGUACGUCCAGCUGUCCGCAGACCACGACGAUGUCGACAGACCUACGAUGGGUUCGUUGUGGUGCCUCAGGAGGCCUUCUUGGGUCGGCGUGCAGACGAGGAAGUCGUACCACGACUUCGUUGGUCAGUUUGACGCUCUUGUGGACACGGACGUGAGGUGGACUCCGUACACUGCAGCCGACAUUUACGCCCGGGCACCGAGCGGUCUUUCGUCCUUAUGCCUGCGAGAUCAUGAGUACUGGAUGACGAGGAAGCCGAUCCUUUACGACAUCCACGUCGAGGAGUACCACGUUGAUCGGGUUAUGAGGCAGUUCGGUCUCUACCAGCAGACCCCGGUCCCGAUUGUGCACUCAGUGGAGGCCCACGUCCACAGGUGGACACGGCAGGGUCAGCCACCAGGCUCGCGGUGGGCCGACAAGGUCCGUCCUUACGUCGACUCUUGGGCCGCUGCCCUCGACGACGUCGUUUUCGAGGAUCGGCCGCACAGCGACGAGGCGUUCGCGGACUACCUACGGUGGUACCUGCCGAGGACGCGCACACGUGUUGUGCACGUUCCACCAGAGGCUCCGAUCGAGGCCGCAAGGGUGUCGGAGACGUACCCCGUAGUUCGAGAUCAGAACUUCGCCAUAGCGGUACGUUUCUCUGAUUGAAUUUGCAGUAAAAAAACUGGUUGCAUAUGAUGUUA